AUGUCUGUUUCCGUGCAAGAGCUGGACAGCACGGUCCGCGCUUUCUUCGAAGGCAAGGGCGACGUGCAAAAACAAGCCCAGCAGACCCUCACCGAAUUCAAGCAAAAUCCUGAUGCCUGGGUAACUGUUGGCAACAUCCUACAGGAAGCAUCAUACCCCCAGACCAAAUACAUCGCUCUUCAGGUUCUUGACGAUGUGAUCAUGACCCGGUGGAAGGUCCUUCCGAGAGACCAGUGUCAAGGAAUUCGAAAUUUCAUCGUCAAUUUCAUCAUCGAAAACUCUGGCUCCGAGGAGAAGCUCCGGUCUGAACGUGCUUUCGUGAACAAACUCAACCUUGUCCUGGUCUCGAUCUUGAAGCAGGAAUGGCCGCACAACUGGCCGACCUUCAUCAACGAGAUAAUCUCCUCUUGCCACUCCAGUCUCUCCAUCUGUGAAAACAACAUGGCUAUUCUGCGCCUGUUAUCCGAGGAGGUCUUUGAUUUUUCACAAGACCAGAUGACGUCGGUUAAGGCCAGAAACUUGAAAACAUCCAUGACCCAGGAGUUCGCUUCUAUCUUCCAACUUUGCUCCGAGGUUCUCAACACCGCGAACCAACCGAGCCUGGUCAAGGCAACACUGGAAACCCUUUUGCGCUUCCUGAACUGGAUUCCCCUGGGCUACAUAUUUGAAACCCCAAUUAUUAAUACUCUCUUGACGCGAUUCUUGGGCACCCCCGAAUUCCGAAAUGUCACCCUCAAGUGUCUCACCGAAAUCGGCGGCCUGCAAAUUGGUGCUCCGUAUAACUAUGAUGAGAGACUGGUUCAUAUGUUCACCGAGACUCUGACUACCGUCUCCACCGUAAUCCCUCUUUCCAUGGACCUGAAAGAGACCUACGCGCAGAGCAAUGGCAGAGACCAGGAGUUUGUAUCGAAUCUGGCACUUUUCCUGUCGAGCUUUUUCAGCGCCCACCUAGACCUGAUCGAGAAGCUCCCCAACCAAGACUAUCUUACGCACGCCCACUUUUACCUCAUUCGUGUUAGCCAGAUUGAUGACCGAGAGGUGUUUAAGAUUUGCUUGGAUUACUGGACUCGGUUGGUGCAAGAACUUUAUGAGGAGAUGCAGCAACUCCCCAUCACGGAUAUCAACCCGCUCGUGACUAUGGGUGUCAGUGGGUUGGCGAACGGGGGUGCGCCUCACCCCAGCACCCUCGCCAACUACCCUCUCCGCAAACACAAGUACGAGACUGUUCUUUCGAACCUCCGCACGGUCAUGAUCGAGAAGAUGGUCCGACCCGAGGAGGUAUUGAUCGUCGAGAAUGAUGAAGGUGAGAUCGUACGUGAAUUCGUCAAGGAGAGUGACACAAUCCAGCUCUACAAGACCAUCCGAGAGUGCUUGGUCUACCUCACGCAUUUAGAUGUGGUCGAUACCGAGACCAUCAUGAUUGAUAAGCUGGCGAAGCAAGUUGACGGAUCCGAAUGGUCCUGGGUGAACUGCAAUACCCUGUGUUGGGCAAUUGGAUCUAUCUCCGGAGCCAUGAACGAGGAAACAGAGAAACGGUUCCUAGUCACUGUCAUCAAAGACCUUUUAGGCCUGACCGAGCAAAAGCGCGGAAAGGACAACAAAGCUGUGGUGGCGAGUAAUAUCAUGUACAUUGUGGGCCAAUAUCCGCGAUUCUUGAAGGCCCACUGGAAGUUCUUGAAGACUGUGGUGAAUAAGCUAUUUGAGUUCAUGCACGAAACACACGAAGGUGUCCAAGACAUGGCUUGUGAUACAUUCAUCAAGAUCGCCAACAAGUGCCGCCGACACUUUGUUGCAUUGCAACCCGGGGAGAAUGAGCCGUUUAUUGAGGAAAUCGUGCGGAACAUGAGGAAGAUCACCAUGGAUCUUUCUCCUCAGCAGAUCCACACAUUCUACGAAGCAUGUGGCUACAUGAUCUCUGCACAAGGUCAAAAGGGCCUUCAAGAUCGCCUAACUGAAAAUUUGAUGGCCUUGCCAAAUUCGGCCUGGGACCAGAUCAUCGCGGAAGCCAACCAGAAUGCUGCGAUUCUCCAGGAUGCUAACACUAUCAAGAUUAUUGGCAACAUUAUGAAGACUAACGUUGCGGCUUGCUCAUCUAUUGGAACCUACUUCUAUUCUCAGAUUGGCCGCAUCUUCCAUGACAUGUUGAACAUGUACCGCGCUUCCAGUCAAUUGAUCAACGACGCUGUAGCCAGCGAUGGACAAAUCGCCCCCAAGACACCUAAAGUUCGCGGUCUUCGCACCAUCAAGAAGGAGAUCUUGAAGCUCAUUGAUACAUACGUUGAGAAGUCGGAUGAUCUCGAAAUGGUUAAUGAAAGCAUGGUGCCGCCCCUUCUUGAGGCAGUCCUCAUUGAUUAUCACCGCAACGUACCGGAUGCACGCGAAGCGGAAGUCUUGAAUGUCAUGACAACCAUCAUUCAUAAGCUCCACCUAACCUUUUUCUCCCUUGGGCCACAGAAUCUAAUGGAAGAUAAGAUCCCUGCCAUCAUGGACAGCGUCUUUACCUGUACACUGGAAAUGAUCAACAAAGACUUCCAUGAGUACCCUGAACAUCGUGUUCAGUUCUUCAAGUUGCUGCAGGCCAUCAAUCUAUACUGCUUCCAGGCAUUACUGAAACUUGAUGGCCCCCAGUUCAAAUUUGUUAUUGAUUCUUGCAUGUGGGCAUCGAAGCAUGACAACAGAGAGGUUGAGAACACGGGUCUCACCAUGUGUUUGGAAUUGAUGAACAACAUGGCCGAGACUGACUUACAGACCGCAAGCAUCUUCUUCCGUCAAUUUUACAUCCCCAUUCUCCAAGAUGUCUUCUUCGUUCUUACCGACAGCGACCACAAGGCUGGCUUCAAAUCCCAGGCUAUGCUUUUGUCCCGCAUGUUCUACUUUGUCGAAUCGCAAAAGAUCUCCGAGCCUAUCUACACUCCAGAUCAGGCCCCUGUUGGCACUUCGAACAAGGAUUUCCUCCAGCAGUAUGUCGCCAACUUGCUGCAGAACGCUUUCAAGAAUUUACAAGAAGUGCAAAUCCAGCAAUUUGUCAUUGGCCUUUUCGCCUAUACCGAUGAUCUGAACAAGUUCAAGACCCAUCUGCGUGACUUCCUCAUCUCGUUGAAGGAAUUCUCCGACGACAACGCUGAGCUAUAUGCCGAAGAAAGGGAGCAGGCUGUCCGGGAUGCUCAAACCGCCGAGAGGAGCCGCGCAAUGAAGGUUGGAGGCUUACUGAAGCCAUCGGAGAUGGAUCAAGAAGAUGAACUGUGA